AUGGGACAGGUGGUGAUGGGGUCACAUGGGACAGGUGGUGUUGGGGUCACAUGGGACAGGGAGUGUUGGGAUCCCAUAAAACAGGAAAGGUUGAGGGCCAUUAACCAACUCAACCAGCCACAAGAAAGAACUAACAGUGAAGCCAGGACCCCAACUCUCCUCCAAGCCCUCAACCCCCAGCUCUCCUCCAAGCCCUCAACCCCCAGCUCUCCUCAAGCCCUCAACCCCCAGCUCUCCCCCAAGCCCUCAACCCCCAGCUCUCCCCCAAGCCCUCAACCCCCAGCUCUCCCCCAAGCCCUCAACCCCCAGCUCUCCCCCAAGCCCUCAAACCCCCAGCUCUCUUCCAAGCCCCUCAACCCCCAGAUCUCCCCCCCAAGCCCUCACCCCCAGCUCUCUUCCAAGCCCUCAAACCCCCAGCCCUCUCCCCAAGCCCUCAACCCCCAGCUCUCCCCCAAGCCCUCACCCCCCAGCCUCUCCCAAGCCCUCAACCCCAGCUCUCCCCCAAGCCCUCAACCCCCAGCUCUCCCCCCAAGCCCUCAAACCCCCCAGCUCUCCCCCAAGCCCUCAACCAACCCCCAGCUCUCCAAACAAGCCCUCAACACCCAGCUCUCCCCCAAGCCCUCAACCCCAGCUCUCUUCCAAGCCCUCAACCCCCAGCCUCUCCCCAAGCCCUCAACCCCACAGCUCCCCCCCAAGCCCUCAACCCCCAGCUCUCCUCCAGCCCCUCAACCCCACCCCCAGCUCUCCCCAAGCCCUCAACCCCCAGCUCUGCCCCAAGCCUCAACCCCAGCUCAGUUUUCGAGGAAGAAGUGUUCGGUUAUGGGAGGUUGUGCGCUGCACUGA